ACCUUCACGUCUAUCAACGUUGGUGCCGCCCGCGCAGGUGAAAAAUUGAUAGGAGCUAAAACACUCGUUGAGCGUGUAGGGAUCUGAGGGCUGCAUCGCAUCUGUCGCCGGUACAAUCCCACAGUGACCCCCAUUCAGCAUGCCAGUCUACUUGGAAAACACAGGCAGCACAACGCGUGACUUCCUAAUGCUCGAACGCAAUCUCCUUUCUCAUGUCAAGCUCGCGAUGCUUCUCUCCCUGCUCUCCUCCUCGAUCCUCCUCAGAGCGCGCCUCACAGGCAGCACAGGUGGCGGCGAUCCGACGAGCAUCCGCGUCCCCAUCUCGAUUGUUGAUUACGCUGCGGCGAUAUGUGCUAUGUGUGCCGGCGUUUUCCAGUACUAUCAGACCUCAAAGGACUAUCGGACGUCGCGCGGAUUCCUCGUGGCAACCAAGGGUCAUUUCGCAGUCAUGGUCGUAGUGGCGGCGGCUGUAUUUACAACAUGUAUUGUCUUACUCGCGGAGGACCCGCUCUGAACACGAUGCUUAUGCCCGAUACGUCCGAGUCUCACGAGCAGCCGGUGUCGCAUGGACAGAAGCGAGACGCCCCAGGAUGAUACCGUGUCUGUAUGAUGAUGCUCUGAGCGAACGUUGAUCUUGU